AUGGGUGGCAUGAUCGAUGCUCGCUGUGGUCUCAUGUAUCCCGAGUCCGUCAAUCAGCUCUUCCUUGCCGAGCCACUGGGCCUAGAGGACUGGGUUCAAGUUGUGCAGAACUUCACAACCCUUAAGAAGUACGAAUUAUACUACUACUUUCACAACUUGAAUGCGACCUGGAAACCCGACUAUGAUACUUGA